AUGUUUUUGUUUGUUGCCCUCUCAGAGGCCCGAAGUCGUCAUCAUUCAUAUCCAAAACCUCGUCCAUACCAACCAUACAAACCACACAAUAAGCUACGCUGCCAAAUAAAACCAACAGGCAACGCCUAUUGGUCUCCAGACCUUAUAAAAAGAAAUUAUUCGGAUUACACUUAUAAACCAUUGCAAGUUCAUAUCAUGAAACCUGCGAUUUAUUUAUAUCCAACAAAGGAGAUGGAUCUUACAGUUGGUGUCAGCAUGGAAAGGGAGAACUUUACAACAGUUGUUCCAGAGUUUACAGCGGGCACAUACUGGAAUGUAACAGCUAAACCAAACGGCGAUCUCAUCCACAACAACAAAGUUAUUCCAUACUUAUAUUGGGAAGGUGAUAUCUCUAUGAGAAUGAAAUUUGAUAAGGGCUUCUUUGUCAAGAAAGGCGAAGGCCGUGAAUUUCUUGAGAAGAUACUCACUCAAUUCAAGCUCAACGAUCGCGAGAAGUUUGACUUUAUCACAUACUGGCUCCCAACAUUUAACAAACUUGGCAACGUAUUCUGCUCAUUCCAGCUCGCAAACUAUUGCCACCAUGUUCCUCUCACUUGCAGCGCAAAGCCAGAUUCAGUCAUCCGCGUUUACAUUGCAAUUCGCAAGGCACGUAAAUCUGACUUGAAUAAACCAGUCCAGGCAAUACCAAAUAUUAAGCGUACCGGCUUCACAAUUGUUGAAUGGGGUGGUUCAAUUAUCCGUUCAAGACAUCAAAGAUUAUCUCGUGCCCAAUAA